GCGUCAUCCUUUUCUUUUUUGUCAAUCGCAAAGCUAUUAAACGCAAAGCGAAAGUCAAACAAACUUUCGGAUUUUAUAAAAUUGAAUAAAAAUCUUAUUCAGGUGUAAUCAAUAUGGAUCAAAUAUUGCAGCACGUUGCCAGAAAUGUUGAGAAACAAUUGGACAGUGAGAUUGAGAGGUUGGACGCCCUGGAGAGUUCAGACCUGGAGACGAUCAGGCAACAGCGACUCCAGGAGAUGAAACAGCGCGCUAAACAAAAGCAGGAUUGGAUCGCUAAUGGUCACGGGGAGUACACUGAGCUGGACUCAGAGAAGGAGUUCUUCGCUGUCACCAACAAAAGCGACAAUGUGGUCUGUCACUUCUACAAGAAUGGCACGGAACGGUGCAGAAUUGUGGAUAUGCAUCUGAAGGUGCUGGCCAAGAAACAUUUAGAAGCGAGGUUUGUCAAGUUGGAUGUGGAGCGGGCGCCCUUUCUCACCACUCGUCUGAAGGUGCGCGUCAUCCCCACCAUCGGGCUGGUGAAGCAGAACAAGACCAAAGACUUCAUAGUCGGGUUCACUGACCUCGGGAACCGGGAUGACUUUACCACUGAGAUGCUGGAGUGGAGGAUAGCCAGGUCAGAAGUGAUCGAAUACUCCGGAGACCUGACCGUGCCACCGGCCGAAGCACGGAAGCAGAAGAUUCUCAGCAUACAGAACAAGAAGACUGUGCGGGGGAAAUUGGACGACAGCGAUUCUGAUCUUGAUCUGAGUGAUUAGGACCCGAGUUGUGCGGUAGUGACUAUGUGUGCGGGCAGAAGUGACUAAAUGUGCGGGCAGAAGUGACUAAAUGUGAGGGCAGAAGUGACUAAAUUUGCGGGCAGAAGUGACUAAAUUUGCGGGCAGAAGUGACUAAAUGUGCGGGCAGAAGUGACUAAAUGUGCGGGCAGUAGUGACUAAAUUUGCGGGCAGAAGUGACUAAAUUUGGGGCAGAAGUAAAUUAUAAAUAUAUGGAACAAAUAACACUGAUUGAGUUAGCCUCGAAGUGAGUUCGAGACUUGUGUUACGAGAUACUAACUCAACGAUGCUAUAUUUUAUCAUACUUAUAUAGAUAAACAUCCAAGACCCAGACCAAUUAAAAAAGGUUAGUUUCUCAUCAUGCCCUGGCCGGGAUUCGAACCCGGGACCUCCGGUGUCACAGACAAGCGUACUACCGCUGCGCUACAGAGGCCGUCUAAAAUGACUAAAUGUGCAGACAGAAUUACUAUAUUUGGACUCUAGUAACUAAAAGUGUUGUGGAAUCUCUCUCAUAUUGUUGCAUAGUCCGUGGCUAUUAAGUCGAGGAUAUGCUAGAAAGUUUUGUAAAAUAAUUAUUUAACUUUUUUCGAAAUGUGCUUGCUAUAUGUGAAGUAAUGAUAAUGCAGUUUUACAUGUAUAGAUAAAACUAAAGUAGAAAUUACACAGAUUGAGUUACUACAAAUUAAAAAUUUUGAAUUAAUUAUUAUGGUACAUUUCAAAUAUCACUUAUAUAAUUGUCAUAUCUUUUGGUUUCACAACAUUGUUUGACGUCAAAUAAAUAACUUUUGGCUCUGUCUACCCCGCAAGGGAUAUAGACGUGACUAAAUGUAAUAUGUAUGUAAUAACAUUAGUUGCGCUAGAUUUUUAUAUGUGUGCAGAGUUGCAAAUUGAAAUUUAAAAUAUUAUGUUGAAUUAAUUAAUAAA